GACACAGGGAGCAGAGAACAGGACACGGGGAGGAGAGAACAGGACACGGGGAGGAGAGAACAGGACACGGGGAGGUGAGAACAGGGCACAGGAGGAGAGGAGAGGACACAGGGGGGAGAGGAGAGGACACAGGGGGGAGAGGAGAGGACACUGAGAGGAGAAGACAGGACACAGGGAGGAGAGAACAGGACACAGGGAGGCGCGAACAGGGUGGUCACCUGGCACUGAGGAGAGAGGGUUCACCAAAGGGGGAAAAAAAUAGUGAGCGGUGGGAAGAGGAAUUACAGGAGAGGGAAGAGCGAUGUGCAAAUCGGUACGAGGGGGCGGUGAAGAGUGAAAGGGCGGUUUGUCGGGGGAGGAGAGGAGAGGGCGGCAUUGGGAGGGUGAGCCGAGGGGGGAUUGCGGGAGAGAUGGAACGGAGGCUGGACUGCGAUGGCGCCGCUACGUUCGCGGCGAAGCACUAUUACUACUCGCCAUGGUAUUCUGGGCCCAUUUGCGAGGAUCACUUCAACGCUAUCAUUCCAAGGACGUGCCUGCUUCUCAUUCCAGAGCAGCAAGUCCUUUUCACCAUAGCCAUGGCAGCAAGCAACGACGAUUUGGUGAUUCUUGAGGUGAAACUGAAGAACUGCCAGCAGAGCAAGAAUCAGGCAGACGAUGAGUUAACACAGGUUGUGGAACAAGCCCUGCUCGAGCUGCGCAACCAGUCAACUGAAGUUGGGUUGCUGCGUGAGACAUUGGCUGCCCUGCGUGCUAUAAAUAUCGAGCUGGUCGCCCGGAUGAAGGGGUUUGAGCUCAUGGAAGCUAGGCUGAGUGAGCAUGAGCAACUGGAGAGAAGGGUUAGGGAGUAUGAGAAGCUGGAGGAGAGUAGGGUCAAAGAGUAUGAGAAACUCGAGAUUAGGGUCAGGGAUUUUGAAAAACUGGAGAUUAGGGUUAGGGAGUAUGAGAAACUGGAGAUUAGGGUUAGGGAGUAUGAGAAAAUGGAGGAGAGGGUUAGGGAGUAUGAGAAAAUGGAGGAGAGGGUUAGGGAGUAUGAGAAAAUGGAGGAGAGGGUUAGGGAGUAUGAGAAAAUGGAGGAGAGGGUUAGGGAGUAUGAGAAAAUGGAGGAGAGGGUUAGGGAGUAUGAGAAAAUGGAGAAGAGGGUUAGGGAGUUUGAGAAAAUGGAGAAGAGGGUUAGGGAGUAUGAGAAAAUGGAGGAGAGUAGGGUCAAAGAGUACGAGAAACUGGACAUUAGGGUCAGGGAUUAUGAGAAACUAGAGAAGAGGGUUAGGGAGUAUGAGAAACUGGAGAGGGUUCAGGAGUAUGAGAAACUUGAGAGUAGGUAUCUACGACUGCAUGAGAAACUGGAGGCAUCGAGGAAAGAUUCGGACCACUGGGAAGCGAAAAUGAGGAUGUGGAAGUAUAAAGCUGAGAAACUUGAGGCAGCGGCGAACGAAUCAGCCAGCUUGAAAGGGAGCGUGAGAGAGUUACAGGCUUUGGUGGCGAGACUUAAGCAGGAGAUAGGGUAUCUGGAGGAAAGGAUUCGGGAACCUGGGCCUUCGGAGAUGCUGGUCAGCAAUCUGAAGAAAGACCUGGAGGAGAUGACGCAGCAACGGAACAGGUAUUGCCAGCAGCUGAGGAACACCCAGGAGCACAGGGGGAGGCUGCAGCAACAAAUGAUGGAAGCCCGAGACAUGACUCUUCAGGUGCUGCGCGGCUGCAUGGCAGAGCUCAACCAAGUGCCAGCAGUGGGGGUACCUCAGCUGGUGAGCCCAAUCAAAGCUCACAUUCAGCCAGAGGUGGAGCAGGAAGGGGAGGACUUGGUGGUAGUCGACUCAGACCCCAAUAUAAAGGAAAAUGUGAAACUAGUAGUUGAGACCAUCAGGACGCUGCUUGCUGCAGCUCCUCGGAUGGCGAGUCUGCAUCUGCCCGACUGA